UCUUCCUAGCGCCAUUUUAUAAAGUGCUUCCUGAAAAUCGCGUGGUCGAUGUCGGACAUUGUCAAAUUGCGGUCUUGUUCGCCUUCUGGCAGAGAUCGUGUUCAUCCAGUCGAGUUACAGUGGUUCCUUCCGUUUGUCCAUAGCCAUUUUACGAUUGUGUCCCAAGGCCACGCGGCGUCUUCAAAGCAAGUUCCGAGUGCCCGGGAAUAAUAUUCGCAGUCUGGUCUGGAGCGCAUUCUAUCGAUCACUCGUCUCCACCGGCACAUGAAACGCGCAUGCACCUGGCAGAGGAACAACACCAAGGAUCAAAGAAGUACUGAUAAGAGAGGCAUGAGCAAGACUUGCUCCGACAUUGUGUGUAUGGCCGUUAAGCAUUAGCAUAUGCAGUUUGUAUUUUCCAUUAUGAACGCAACUGGAAGUGGGGACGAGGUACACACGCCUAACAACCGCGCCGAGCGCGUAGUGAUCUACGUGGGUAUUUCCACAGCUGUUACAACGGGUCUGGUGCUGCUGCUAGUGGUGCUGUAUCGCUGUCACAAAGCCAAGCACCCUGGAGCAGCAAGUCCAAGGCCACAGCCUUGUGAGCAGGCUCUCAGGACACAUAGCAGCAGCUCGGGCAGCAGUGACGAUGGCUACUAUAGCCUCAGCAGUGCUCCGAAUAGUGGCCGAAACGAUAAGGUCUCAAAGGAGAAGGACCACCAGUGGCUACCUGUUGUCAAAGGGCUAACGAGAUGCAUAUCCGAAGGAGCUUACGGGCAGGUGUACGUUAACCCCUCCACCGAAGCACAGUACUAUGCAUUGAAGUUGUUCCGAGCGCACGUUAACAAGGAGUGGGAGAAAGAAGUGCACAUAUUUGGAAUCAUCAACCAGUUUGAGAAUGAGAACCUGGUCCACAUGGUCUGGUCUGAUGUGCUGGAUACCGGUGGCUUGACGCGCUGCUACAUCUUGAUGGACUACCAUCGACUUGGAUCUAUACGGGACUAUGGACAGGCGCAAAACUUCACAUUGUUGCAGGUCACCAAUGUUAUUCAUGGUAUUGCAUCAGCUCUGGACUUCUUACAAGCUGGUCAGGAAGUAUCGGGAAUGGCGUACCGGAUAGCCCAUCGGGAUAUUAAGUCCACCAACAUCCUUGUCAAGGACGACUACUCCGCUUGCUUGAUCGACUUUGGUACGGCGAUGACAGAUGCUAUGUACUCUGCGUCAAUCCGAGGAAAGCACCACUGUGUUGUCCGUCGAAUAGUUGGAACGCCACGCUACAUUGCCCCAGAACAGCUGAGGUCGGUCGGCCAUGGAAUGGAAACAUUCGAAUGCCAGCGCUUCAGCGAAUUGCUGGGAGCAGACAUGUAUGCCGCCUCACUGGUAAUGUGGGAGCUGCUCACAUCGGCUCUUGGUUGGGAACAAUGUGAUGGAGGGGCACUGGAGCUGAGUGUUUGGUCAGACUGUAGAAUGCGAAAGCCCUAUUGGAGAGAAGUUCCGCCGAGCCCAACUCUCCAGGACAUGCAGAUAUGUCUGCUUGAUCGCCAUACAUAUCCUGAGAUAUUUGCCCAUUGGACAUUGUACCCGGAACUCCAGCCAUUGCUUGUGCUCAUGGAAAAGUGCUGGCAGCACACGCCAGGCCGUCCGACUGCCAGAGAGCUGCUGCUUGUGUCAACAUGUGCACACCUAGACACAAAGCUCGGGCCGAACCUUUCAUUGUCGCCUUCUAAGGAAAGCUCUGAAGCCGAGUCGUUAUCAUGAUCAUGUGUGGUGGAAUGCCUCGCACCAGUGCACUCCAUGUUCAGGCAUGAUUGCUUUCGGCAGAGUCUUCAACAUCGUGUACUUUGAUUACCAACUGCACCAAUUCAAAUAUCAGGAUUGCAUCUUGCGCAAUUUCUUGUUUCUGUUGGUGUUUUGGUUCUGACAUGGGUUCCACUGACCAUCUUCUGUGCCCGAAAGCCUCCGGUGGUCAAAUAUAUUUUUCUCCAUGUCUACUUGCUCUCCGUCUUAUUGUUUGUUCACAUUGGCUCAAGCUGCCAGUGCUCCCAGACCUUGGACAUGUCCUUGGUACAUGCACUGCGAUGAGACCGGCAGACGUUACAUCCUUGCUGGCUUGGCCCAGACAAAGAGUGAAUUUUUCUGCUCCACUGGUAAGACGUCUCAAUAUAGGGAUAGACUUUACCGUUACUCUUAAUUUGUCCACAGCCUUGCCUGUCCGUCCUUCCGAUUCUAUUUUAUGGUGUUGGCUUCCGUGGAAUCUGAAUGAGCCACAUCAUGUAUUACUCUGAUAAUACCUUUAAAAUAUGAUGAUGAGCAUGAGUUCGGCAUGGCCUGUGGCGGUGCUGUGCCAGAGUGGCGGCAUGCC